UUACGUCAGAUCCUGAACUUGAGCGCCAUUUUUUCCUCAACAGGGGAAGAAAGGGACAAAAGCUGGACCAAAAAUAACUUAUCACCAGAGGAGGUUCGCAAACAUCACCUCUCGUAUUUGACUAGAUUAUUCCCACAGCGGCGCGUGCAGACACGGGAUGCUGCUCGGAUGAGGAUCUGUGUGCAGCUCCGGGAUCACACGCAGCUCACCGACACACAGUUGAGGGCCGGUGGAAGUGGAAAACGUUAGCCCUUGUCGGAGGUGGCACAGCGACAACUAACGUUAACCUACACUGAAUAUUGGACGAGGCUUCUGGGGAAUAAUGUAUCAGGUUCCAGUUGGAAGUAUUGAGAAGAUCCGAAAGGCACGUAAGACAGUGAAAAACAUCUUAAGUGAGAUCGGCUUGGAAGACUGCCAGAACCUGCUGAAGAAUCUCAAUGAAACCUCUGAGAAAAACUCAGAUGAAGAUGAAGCCUUUGAGGAAACUGAGUGGGUUGAUUUCGCAUACAACGGCAGACUACAGAAAAAGUGGCCUUAUCGGUCUCGAGCUCUGUGCUGUAACCUGUGCAAGUACUCUUCCCAAAACAUCUACAACUUCAGGAGCCACGUCUCUCGCUGCCAUGGAUAUGUGCAGUCAUUCUGUGCGCUGGCCCCCUGUUCCCAGUGCCUCUUCAUUGGCCACCCCAAGGUUGUCAAGAAGCACAUGCUGUUCUUCCACGCUAAACUCUCCACCCACAUACAACCUCAAAGGGAAGGGUUGGCGCCCACCCAUCGGGGAAACGAGAGGUAUCACUGUCGAAGAUGCGGAUUCCCGGCCUCUUCUAUCUUCGCGAUGAAGAAGCACAUCAUUCUCAAGCACCUGGAAAGUUUGGCGGAACAGUAUAUUGGUUACAGAUUACACCUUCAAGGCACCACAUCUGUAAAGGUCCACUGCUGCAAGGUGUGUAGGGUGAACACUGGAAACCUAGACCAAAUGCUGCAUCACAUGCUGGUUGAGCCAUCGCACUAUUCAGUCAGCACACAGGUGCAGAGUAUGAUUUAUGAGAACAAGAACUACACCAUUAAAACAACACCCAAUGGCAACGGACUAUUUGUGACAUUCCCAAGUAUUGCUCCCAAACCACAGCAACCUCAAAUGUUCAACAGUAAGUCCUUGGUUUUACCAAGUAAUGGCCAACAUGCUGGGACUGUGGUGGCAUUACAGCAGUUACAAGGAACUACAAACAGUACUACUUUGAUAUGUGCACCUGGAACCAACCAAGCUUUUCUGCCCCCGCAAGCAUCCGCGCUAGUUCAGCUAGCUAGCGCUGAAGCUAAAGGUUUGCUCCAGCCUGGUGCCACGAUAGCCCUCCGAAGUGCUUUGCCCCAUGGACCGUCUAUGGUCCAGCUCCCCACGGUGUCUAAUAUGUCUCUGAAACAGGCACCAGUGGCUCUGUCUCCUGCUUCUGCUCAGCCACAACAGACUCCACAAGCGCAGCAAAUGCUUCUUCCAUCAGGAGUGCAGGCCAACAUGGCAGCUGGACCUGGAACUGUAUCUAAGCCUGCUGUGGUUACACAAAACGCGUCAACAAACCAAAUCACCCUACAAGGUACCAUGCUGACUUCACAAUCACUGCUAAGUCACCUGAUCCCAACUGGCAACAAGAUGAAUGGCAUGCCCACAUAUACAUUUGCUCCACUGCAAGUAGCAGUGCCGGCCUCUCAGAGCACAAGCACCCCUCUCAAGGCCGUUGAGCAAACAAGUAACUCUUCACCACAAACUAAGAAAUGGAUUACAUGUCCCCUCUGCAAUGAACUUUUCCCUUCGAAUGUCUUUGACAUGCACACGGAGGUUGCUCACCAGACAAAAUCCAACACAACCAAGUCAGAAAGUGUGGCGGCACGAGCAGCGUUCUUGAAGAAAAUGCCAGACAAAACUGUCAAAUGUCUAACAUGCAAAAUUCUUCUAUCAGAAAAAAGCGUCUUCCAGCACCUGCUGCAUGGCCUGAAUUGUUUGUACUGCUCAGCUUUGUUCUUUUCAAUCAAACAACUUGCUGAGCAUGUAAAGCAGCACAAUCCCACAAGUAAGGCAUACUGUGAUUUUUUGAGACAGAAGUACAGGGUCUACUCAAAAGGUGUUGGGGGAAUCCUGUUUCCUUAUUUUGAUGUCCACACCACAGCACCGAAAGAGGUCCUAGGAGAUACCGAGGUCAAUCUUGCCCUGGUCACGAAUUCCCUCGAUCUGAUCUUCUUUAAGUUGCAGCCCAGCAGCCAACCGGAAAUCUGCCCAGCCCCUGUGAAAAUCAACAGUUCGUACUGUCCCUUCUGUGAUGAAAAGUUUCAGAAUGAUUCCAAACACCUUCAGCACCUGAGACAAAAACACUUUGUAGCACCCACCAUUCAUGCCAUCCUCAAGACCGAGGCUUUCAAGUGCAUAUACUGUAAUGGUGUGUACACAGGAAAGGUCACCCAGCAGGCGGUGAUGCUUCACAUUCAGCGAUGCCGGUGUUCACCAAAACAACCACAGCCCCAGAAACCUACGGCAGCACCGCAGCAGCCGCCAAAACCCGCUCAGCAGCUCAGUCAGCCAUCCGGACUCUACUUCCUCCAAGUGCCACAAGGGCUGACUAUAAAACAAACGUUAGCUCCAGCUCGUGUGAUUUCAGCUGCACCCACCGCAAAGCCUGCAGAAACAGAAGCAGAGCUGCAGUCUAAGAAGAGGCUGGAGGCUGCGUGGAGGCAGGUCAUCGAGGCCAACACACGAGAGCGGGAACAAAAAGCGGCCAUGCGCAAGAAGCGAGAGCAGCAAAAGUUCUUGCCCCCGCCCGAGCCUGUGAUUCAGGCCGACCCUGCGGUGAAGCUGGUGUUGGAACCCACCCCAGUUGAGCGCCGCAGCGGCGAGGAGCGCAAAGACUUCAUAUCCAAGUACUUCAACCGGAACCCCUACGCGACCAAAGCCGAGACUGACGAGCUGUGCAGGAGGCUGUCCCUCACCAAAGCAGAGCUGGCGGCCCACUUCAGCAAGAAGCGCAGCAAGUGCAUGAAGAGUCUCAAGAGGAGCACAACUGCCGUUCUGCUCGGCUUCAACAUGACAGAACUGAGCAAAGUCAAGCACAAUCUCGACAUCCCAGAACAUCAGGCCGCGGACACCGCGGAGCAGCCACCUGCUGACUCGACAGAGCAGAUGGUAAACAGCGAGGACGGACCAGAGCCGAUGGAUGAAAGUGGAAAUGAGAAAGUUACGGACGGGGAACCGGUGGAGCAGAUGGAAUGAGCUCUGAAAUGUGUGAAAAUAGAACAACCUGAAAACGGCAAACAAUGCAAAUGCAGAUGUUAAACCUGAUUUAAAAACAGAAUAAAACACAGAUACUUUAAUAAUGGCCUUUUAACAGUUACUAGAGUUCAUCAUGCAGUGCAUACAAAGCAUUUCCUAACAUACAAGUUAGCGAGGGCAGAUUCUCAAUGUAGCCUUCAUUAAUAGUGCUUCGUUUGACGGUAUGUUGUCAGUAACCCUGAUUUCCAGAUAAAGGCGGAGCCACGUUGCAAUGCUCAUUUAGAACGUAAUAAUGAAGCUGCAGAUGUAUUUGUCUGUGAGAUAUUAUGGUGUCAGACGGUUGAGCUGCAACAGUAUUUAUUUAGCUGGUUACAAUCUCUCAUUCAAUGGUGGCUUCUGACGGUUUAAGCACGGAUUUACUCCUGGUAGCUGCUUUUAUUUAAACCCAUCUGUACAAAAUUGUGAUUCCUACACCAUUGCUUGUCUAAUAUCAAGACAUAAGUGCACACUUCAACGUAGACUUGAUUAUGUUAGGCUUUCCUUUAUAAAUUGGUGUUUUGUUUUGCAUAUUUGGACCUAUUUGAUUCAUGCACACAGCUUUUUUUGUUGUUUUCUCAUUGUUUUUAUUUUUAUUUUUCAGACUGUUCACAUCACUCCUCCCUCCACAUUUAGACACUUUAAGGGGAAAAAAAUGUUUCUUGCUCACCAACUUCUGCAGACAAUUUAGCCGAAUGUUCAUUUUGCAGUUUUGAAGCCAAAUUAUUAAGAAUGUACAAAAUGUUUGAGUUGACAGGUUUGAUCAAUUCCCAGAGUUAAUGAAACACUUGAUUAUUAUAAAUCUAUGACCAUGUUGCUUGCAUGAGCCUUUGUUUUAUUGUCAGGUGAAAUUAUGAUUUGUGCCAUUGUGAAGUCUACAUAUUUGCAUAGACUUGUGGAAAUUUACCUAGAGAUUCAACAUAACACAAAACAUGUUACUGGGUGUUCAACAUAUAAUAUAUCUUCUGUUCUCCUGACAGCUGUUUUUUUGUACUAUACAUGUAUUUUCUAUAAUUCCUAGAGGAUCAAAAAUGUUGGGAGAGGUACAAAUGCUCAUUCUGUCCAAGGCCACUGUGUUGUAAAAAAAAUAAAAUAAAGUGGUUUCCUUUUACGUAAA